GCAGCGACACGAGUAGGCCACCGGCGGCACCAGCAGCCACCACGGGUCAUCGGGGCGCGGCCAUGGUCCAGGCCUGCAGUGCUGGGCCGGGCCACCAGGCUGACUGGGACAUCAACGAUAGCCACGUGCCCAAGGUGAGCCACUUCGACGACUACCAGGAGUGGGCGGACGGCCACUGCCGCUACGUGUACCGGCCCGACUGCGAGGAGGCCCGGAGGCACGCGUCGGGCUGGGCCAUGCGCAACACCAACAACCACAACGUGCACAUCCUCAAGAAGUCCUGCCUGGGCGUGCUCGUGUGCAGCCUGCGGUGCGCGUCCGAAGGUGGACACCGCGUCCACCUGAGGCCCGCCAUUUGCGACAAGGCGCGCAAGAAGCAGCAGGGCAAACCAUGUCCAAACCGUCGCUGCCCUGGCCGGCUAGAGGUGCAGCCGUGUCGAGGCCACUGCGGAUACCCGGUGACACACUUCUGGCGCCACACUGAACAGGCGGUGUUCUUCCAGGCUAAGGGUCUGCACGACCACCCGCCACCCGAACCCAAAGCGACCGCCGAGGCUCGCCGAGCGCUCAGGGCAAAGCGCGCGGGACUCCCCGAGUCCACCAAGGUUCAGCGCUCGGCGAGGGAAUGGCGCGGCCCGCUGGACGGGCUGCUCAAGGUCCCCAGGCCGGAGACCGCUGUACAACCAUUCUUUCACCGGCAGACCGCUCCGAUUGUGACGUCACCCGUGGCUCCGGGAGCUGGAAGCACCGGACCAGCGGCUAGCGUGUGGCAGUGUUCGUGCCCUCCAUUCGAGUGCCUCUGCGGAGUCUCUACGGCUACGGCAGCGACUACGGUGGCUUCGACGCCAGACUACCGACAGGCGCCAGACCCGUGCAGCAUGGCCACCAUGAUGUCUUCGGCCAUCGAGAUGCACGCUGACACUGUCUUCCAGGUCAUCGACAAGAUCCUCUCGGUCGAUGGCAGGCCACCAGAAAGUCGCCACUGCAGACAACCGCCUGACGCUCCGCAGCCACCGCAAGCACCCACCGAAUCCGGAGAGGAGGACUACGUACUGACGUCGCUGGACGACCCGGAUAUUUCACAGAGGUUCUUCGCCGCCAUCGACAAUAUUCUGCAGGAUUACAGCGGCGGUGGCGGCACGGAACACGCUGCCGGUGCGCAGCACCCGUCGAUGGCUAUGACAGUGAGCCACGGCGGUGCAGUCAGGGUCAGGGAUCCGUCGUCCUCCUCAGACUGCUUGCAGCACCACCAUCACCACCACCCGCGGCCACCCUUCUGGCCGCCGCCUCACACCACCGGUUAUCCGAGCUCGCAGCUACAGUGACAGCGACCUCCUGCAUCUGCCCGGAUUUCGCACUCUACCCGUGAAUCCCGUCCUCGUCCACCUCUCUUGUCAGUCAGCAGCGCCUGUAAUAGUGCGCCUCAGUAAAGAUGCGUUAAG